UUGAAUCUCCAAAUAAUGAUGAUGAUGAUCAUACAUAAUCAUUGCAAUGUCAACAAAUCGAUUGAUAGAUUGAUUUUUUUGUUUUGAUAAAAUGGCAACAACAACAACAACAACGACAACAAAAAUUUUGGAUGAUCGAUUAUUAUCGAUACGAUUAUCUCUAAAAAAAAAUGUGCAAUCAAUUUCAAUCGACAAUUAUAUAAAAAGCUGUGCAAAUGAAUCCAUCCACUAUAUUUCAUCAUCACUUUAUUUGUUGUUAUUAUUAAUCUUGAUAUAACCAUAGAUGAAUCACGAAUUGUGUGUCAAAAUGGCCCAAUAUAAUGAUGUGAAAAAUUUACUUGAAAAAUAUCAUCAAGAACAUUUAUUACGAUUCUAUGAUGACAGAAAUACUGCCGAACAAAAUCAACAACUUAUUGAUGAUAUAAAUUCUGUUAAUUUUCAAUCAUUAUGUCGUCAAGAAUAUUUCGAUAAUUCCAAUCAGUCCAACAAAUCGAUUGACGAACAUCUUGAACCAUUAGAUGCAAGUAUUCAACAAGAUAUUCGUCAAACAUCCGCUGAACAGCUGGAACAAUAUCGUAAGAUUGGUCUGGAAGAAAUAUCCAAAGGUAAAGUGGCUGUUCUGCUAUUGGCCGGUGGUCAAGGAACUCGUCUUGGUUCUAGCUUACCCAAAGGAAUGUUUGAUGUAGGAUUGGUAUCGAAAAAAACCUUGUACCAGAUUCAAGCUGAACGAAUCUAUCGGCUACAGGAAAUGGCUGGAAAAUCAGCAAUAAUUCCAUGGUACAUAAUGGCUUCUGAACAUACCAUUGAACCAACAAUUGAAUUUUUCAAGAAACAUAAUUAUUUCAAUUUGGAUGAGAAAAAUAUUCGAUUUUUUGAACAGGAUAUUAUUCCUUGUUUCACAUUAGAUGGCAAAAUUAUUCUGAAAGAAACUUAUAAAUUGGCAAGAUCACCAAACGGUAAUGGUGGUUUGUAUGAAGCAAUCAGCAAGAAAGGCAUUUUGAAUGAUAUGCAACAACGUGGUAUCGAACAUAUUCAUGCUUAUUGUGUGGAUAAUAUUCUUGUCAAAGUGGCUGAUCCGGUAUUCAUCGGAUAUUGUGCAUCGAAAAAUGUUGAAUGUGGUGCCAAAACGGUAGAGAAAAUGAAUCCCGGUGAAGCGGUCGGUGUUAUUUGUAAAGUUCGUGGUCGAUAUCAAGUUGUUGAAUACAGUGAAGUUUCCAAAGAAAUAUCUGAACGACGUAAUACGGAUGGUCGAUUAAUGUUUAAUGCUGGAAAUAUCUGUAAUCAUUAUUUUACGCUCAAAUUCCUUCAAGAUAAAGUUCAUUACGAUGAACUACCAUAUCAUCAGGCGAAGAAAAAAAUUCCUUUUGUCGAUAAUGAAGGUAACCAUGUAAAACCGGAUAAACCGAAUGGAAUCAAAUUGGAAAAAUUUAUUUUUGAUGUAUUUCGAUUCGUCGAUGUGGACAAAUUUGCCGUCUGGCAAGUGUUACGUGAAGAUGAAUUUUCUCCAUUAAAAAACAAUGAUCAAGCAACACGUGAUUCGCCAACAACUGCCCGUCUAUCAUUGUAUAAUCUUCAUCAACGAUAUGUACUUAAAGCUGGUGGUAAAAUAAUCGAUGGUGAGAAAGGAAUUCCAGUUCCAUUACUUUCAAGUCCUGUAUUAACUUCUGAUAAAAGCCAUUAUGAGAAUCAAGCCAUCUGUGAAAUAUCACCAUUACUAUCAUAUGAGGGUGAAAAUUUGGCAAAUAUCGUUGAUGGUAAAACAUUGUCGACACCAGUCAUGUUAAGCUAAUUCAAUUUGGAGGUUUUACGAUUCUCAACAACAAUGACAACAACAACAAAAGAAAAUUAAUUUUCCUUUCUACCAAAAGAAUCAAUGUGUGCAAUCAAUAACGAUGAUGAUGAUGAUGAUCAUGAAUGAAAAAUAAACCUGAUGUCGAUUCAAUGUUUA